AUGGAUAGGCGGCUCCUCGAAGCGGCCGUAUCUGGUGAUGCCACAGAAAUCAUCAAGCAGCUCGCCAUUGAUGACCCGGGCGUCCUGCUUGGAACGACGCCACAGGGGAACACCUGCCUCCACAUCGCCUCCAUCCAUGGCCACGAGGGGUUCUGCAAGGACCUCCUAGGCCUAGCGUUGAACCAAUCAGCUGUUUCUCUGCUCGCCGCCAUCAACAAGGACGGGGAGACGCCGCUGCUCACCGCCGUGACGAGGGGCCGUGACACUUUAGCUUCCGUCCUCCUCAGGUGCUGCCGUGAUCGGCAGCUGAGCGGCGAGACGAUCCUGAAGCAAGACAAGCGCGGGUGCAACGCGCUGCACCAUGCCAUCCGCAGAGGGUACAGGGCGCUGGCGCUCGAGCUGAUUGAAGCAGAGCCUGCCCUGUCGAAAGCUGUGAACAAAUGUUGUGAGUCACCCAUGUACACCACGGUGAUGAGAGGCUAUGGUGAUGUCUUGGAGAAGCUGUUGGAGAUUCCUGAUGCGGCUCAUGGGGGAGCCCAUGGGUGCAAUGUUCUGCAUGCUACCGUGACAAGUGGUAAUGCAGAAAAUGAAGAUAAGCGUACACCAAUGCACCUGGCCGCAAUUGAGAACAAGAUUGACGUGCUUACAGUCCUGUUGGAACAGGAUCAGUCUUUGGGUUAUUUCAUCUCCACAACCACAGAUGCUGCUCCUCUUCUUUGUAUCGCAGCAUCUCAGGGCAAUGUUGGUGUUGCUCGAGAGCUUCUUAGACACUGUCCUGAUCCUCCCUACUGCGACGCAACGGGUUCGACAUGUCUUCACGUAGCUGUAUCAUUUGGUCAGGCAGAUUUUGUGAGAAUCAAUGACACUAACAUGGUCGCUCUUUUACGGUUCCACCUUAAUUCAAGUAUCAACGCAGAGCCUUUCACAUCGGUGAUGCCGGACCGACUCCUGGAAGCAGCAGUAUGUGGUCAUGUCGCAGAAAUGAGGCACCUGUAUCUGAAUGUUCCGGGCGUGCUCGUUGGAUCCACUCCUCAGGGGAACACAUGCCUCCACAUCGCUGCCAUCCAUGGCCACGAGGUGUUCUGCAAGGAGGCCGAGGCUCUGAAGCCGUCACUCCUCGCCGCCGUCAACUCGGAUGACGAGACCCCUCUGCUCGCCGCCGUGGCCAGCGGCCGUGUCUCUGUAGCUUCUGCUUUGCUCAGGGAGCUGGCGCUGGAGCUGAUAGAAGCAGAGCCCGCCCUGUCGCAUGCUGUGAACCAGUACAGCGAGUCACCCAUGUUCAUCGCAGUGAUGCGAAACUGUGAGGACGUCGUCGACAAACUCUUGCAGAUUCCAGAUUCUGCUCAUGGGGGAGCCUACGGGUGCAAUGCUCUGCAUGCUGCAGUGAAAAACGGAAAUUCAGCCGUUGUUGAAAAGAUUGUGGAGGCACGUCCUGGGUUGGCCAGAGAAGAAGACAAGAGUGUUUGCACUCCAAUGAUGCUGGCUAUACUUUGGGGCAAGAUUGACGUGGAAGUCAAAGAUAAAGUGACCGACUUAUCAAGGAAGGAUAUCAAGUCGCUGACUCAAACAUACACACAAAACACUUCCCUAGUGGCGAUCCUCAUCGCCACAAUAACCUUUGCUGCUGCUUUCACAUUGCCUGGAGGAUAUAGCACUGAUUCUGGAAACGAGGGGCUUCCCAUCAUGUCAAGGAAGUUCGCAUUUAAGGCAUUCUUGAUCUCAGACGCCUUGGCAAUGUGCUCCUCACUUGCUGUUGCCUUCAUAUGUGUCAUUGCAAAGUGGGAGGAUCUUGAGUUCUUGCUUUACUACAGGUCUUUUACAAAGAAGCUAAUGUGGUUUGCCUACAUUGCAACCACCACAGCCUUUGCAACCGGUUUAUUCACUGUUGUAGCUCCUCGUCUCCUCUGGCUCGCUAUUGUGGUCUGCGUUCUAACAUCUUUAUUGCCCAUUCUUACUAAGCUUCUUGGUGAAUGGCCCAUCUUGAAAUUGAGAAUUCGGCUGGGUCAUAGUUUCAAGUCUGAGCUACUUGAUAUGGUCUAG